AUGCUCUCAACAGACACUCUCCUUCAGUUCCUCGAUGUGCUGCAGUGCUACUCCACGGAAGAGGCUGCCUGCCAUGACCCCAUGAUGCUUGUUGGCGGGGCGGGUGCCACAGUGACUGAGAUGAGCGAAGGGCUGCUUCGCUGGCUGCACUCCAAAGUCGCCGCGAACCUUCGCCGUGAACUCCUUCUGGACGACAGUGGACGAGCGACUUGCUCGAAGCGUUACACCGCUUCCUCAAGGAAGCCGAUGGGGCCCAAGAGCGGAUCAACUGUGUGUGAUACAGCGCCUGCAACCACGCCAGAUGCAGCAUCUCAACCAGGCUCUACACUCGCAGGCCCAAGAGAGGACGAUUGUCUGCGCGCCCGGGCCGCUGCCUCUAGCGCAGCACUCGCAGUGCUUUCGGUGGCACUGUGGCCUCUCGUGCAGGAUCCACAGACGGCAAUCAGCACAGCCGGCGACCCUCCUGAGACCUCUGCUGUGUGCCAGAUCGAGCGCGUGUGUGCCGUGCUGCUGCGCCUCGUCACAUCUAACCUCGACGGCUGCCAUGGUGUCCGGGCCGCUCAUGAAUCAGUUCCGUCCCCAUCCCUGACCUCGGCGAGUGCAGUUCGGUCGCACCUUGCGGCGUCUCUCAGGAAGUGGAUGCAGUACUUUCUUCUAUUCUUUACGGAUUGGCUGCAUCUCCUUCGAAGCUCGAUACCGAGUGCCUCGGACAUCUCUACGAAGCAAAAGAAAGCAGCUGCUGCUGCUGCCGCCUUGCAUCACCAGACAACGAAGCCAACCGCAGAGGCAGUCAGGGAUGGUGACCUACAAAAACCGCCGAGAGGACCAUUGACUCUGCUGCCCGACCCGUUGCGUGGCUGCCCGGCUGACCUCGCGCGACACCCGCUGCACUACUACGCUCAAGCGCUUCAGCGUGCCGUUGCCAUUAUUGAAAACGGGUGUGGCACCGCGCCUAAGCACGGCAGCGAAGGUGACGAUGACGAGCUCUGGGCCACCUCACAGUCGGGCGCUGAACUCCAUAGGUGUGGCUCACAUGCUUCGCCUUGUGUGUCUGCGAAGCGGCGACGUGAUGCACCUAUCGGCGACCGGGUAGCGGCGCGUAGGCGAUAUGUAGAGGCAAGCAGCCGCAGUAGCGGCAGCGACAGCAGCGUUACGUGCUCUCCCACGGAAUCGCCGCCCCUCUUUUGCGCAUUCUUGCCGCAGCGUCGGCGAAGGGCACCAGCCAAGCGACUGCCCAAGCGCCACGCGUUGGACUGCUCUGGUGGGUUGGCCGACGACCAUAUGCCGCUCGUGGAGCUUGCCGAACGUCUGCGAGCGCGUACGUUGUUGUGA